AUGACCAACAAACUGACUACUUCAAUGGGAACAAAUCUCAUUGAUGUCCUUCACCCUGGGAAGGCAACAGCCCCUAGGACAGAAAUUCAGGAAAACCUAGUCAGAAUGUCAGAAGACACCAGAUAUUAUCUUGUGUUUGGAUUCAGAACCCAUUCCGGCAGUGGCAAGACAGCUGGCUUUGGCAUGAUUUAUGAUUCCUUGGAUCCCACAAAGAAAAAUGAACCCAAACAUAGACUUGCAAGACAUGGCGUAUUUGAGAAGAAAAAGAUCUCAACCGAACAGCAAAAUGAAUAUGCGAAUGGGAUGAAGAGCAGCAGGGAACCGCCAAAUCAGUGUUGGUGCUGCCAAAGGAAAGGCAAGAUUCUUCAGUGA